AGUGGUUAUCACUCCCUCCUCUGAGGUCCAAACUGCUAAAUGAUGAUUGAACCUUACAUCAAUCUCUCUUCCUACAAUCAUGGCUGCCCAAUUGGUCUUCUACCUUCUCCUUUCACUCUUCUGUUCUUCCUUUUCAUUCUCCAGUGCAGUACCAGAUUUUGCAUUCGGUUGGUUGGAUGAUAAGAAUACAUUUCAAGCAGGUGACAUUGCCACCAUCAGGAUCAAGGUCCUUGGAAAUUUUGACAGCAAAGGAAAUGCUUCACUUGAAAAAACUGCUUUCAAGCCUACAAUCACUGUAAAUGGGAAGAUUGGGAAUAGUUCUUACAUCUCUGGGGUUGUACAAGAUACUUCUGGAGAUCCCAGUGCUUGGAGUUGGAAGAUUGUUUUCACUCCAAUCAUGGUUGGGAUGUUUAAUGUGAUUAUCAAUGAUGACCCUUUCAAGGUUAUGGAUUCUUCCCUCCAUUUCACUGUGGAGCCAGGGCCAGUCUACCCUUCUGUCAGUAUUGCUUCUUGGAUGGGGCUCGUGAACGAAUUUGAAGCAGGGACAAGAGCUCAAGUUUUGAUUCUUCCUAAAGAUGCAUUUGGAAAUAAUAUUUCUUCAACCAAAAAAGAACCAGAAUCUUAUAAUUUUUCAUUGUCCACUCUCUAUGAAAAUGGUUCUAUUGCAAGUUCUCCUAACAGUAGUUACAUGGGUUGGAAUGAAUUUGGCUAUAUAAUCAUUGAGUUUAUUGCGGUAAAAGCUGGAAAUUUCUUGUUGCAUGUAGAAGGUGGAAACCAAACCUUGAAUGGUUCACCCUUACCAUUCAAGGUGAAUCCAGGACCUCUGGAUGUCUCCAAUUGUGUGGCCAAAUGGAACUGUGAAGGGAAUGCAUGGGAAAUCUUUUCCAAGAUGGAAAUAUUUAUAUAUCAGCAAGAUCAAUAUGGGAACCUUGUUUCAGGACUGUAUGCAUUUGAUGCUGAUGUUGUUGAGAAGGAAACAAAUUUGUCUAUACCUGUGGCAGAUUUGUACUUUGAAGAUGUAGAGCCCGGGAUUCAGACUUUUUCUUUUACCAUGUCAGAACCAGGGAAUUUCUUGCUUACAAUUUCGGAUAUGAAGCAUAACAAAAGCAUCUCCAAUAUGCCAUAUGCUUAUACUGUCUUCGUAGGUUAUUGCGAUGGAUUUAACAGUGUUGUCAAUGGCUCUGGUUUAAACAGUUCUAUUGCAGGGGAAAUUGCAGAGUUCUCAGUUUAUUUGGUUGAUGUUUUUCAAUAUCCAUCCACAGUUAAAGUAGAAAGGCUUCAAGUACAGAUUAAAAGGGAAAGUGAUUCCUAUUUUGUAUUGCCUACAAUAUAUCCAAGACAGAACAUCAAUGGAAGUGGAUCUACUGGAGUAUUGCAUGAUGGUUUUAUCAGAGAGUUUGAAUAUGCUCCUGCUCCAUCAUUUGUCCCCAACAAUGCUUCUUCAGGUAGCUCAAAUGUUGAGGCUAGCACAUACAGCAUCACUUAUACUCCUGAAAAGAGUGGGAUAUACAAAAUUCAGGUGUUCUGUGGAAACAUUAUCCUGAAUGGUGGUAUUCCCUUUACAAAGGAAGUAAAAGCUGGUGAAGUUAAUAUAUCACUCUCAAGAGUAAUGAAAUUUGACAUCAAGGCCACAAAGCUUAUUAAGAAUGAGAUAGUAGUAGAACUGCUGGAUUCAUUUGGAAACCCUGUUCUGUCACAACAGUCAAGGCUGAAACUAGAGCUUGCUUCAGUUAACAGGUCUGGUUUCACAACUUGGAUGUUUGAGAACAACAAUGAUGGGUCAUACACAGGUCACUAUCUUGCAAUGGAAGUUGGCACAUAUGAGUUGUGUGUUUCACUUGAUGGCAAGCAUAUCUUACCCUGCCCCUUUGGAAUCAAUGUGUAUGGGAGUGAAUAUUUUCCUAAAGCAUACAGUGAUGCAAUAUCUGUGUGGGAGGAUGAGUCAAUUGCUUUUGAUGUGUUGGCAAAUGACUACUUUGCUGGUGACAAUGCAAGCAUAGUUGAAUUCUCAAAGCCAGGUUAUGGUUCACUCCUUCAGUAUGGAGGGCUCCUCAGAUACACACCAUAUAAAGAUUAUACUGGGAAUGAUUCCUUUCUGUAUACAAUGUCUGACAUAAAUGGCAACCUUGCUACUGCUUCUGUCAACAUUUCUGUCCUCACCAUCCCACCACAGUUUUUUUCCUUUCCAAGCAUAUUGCAAGCAACUGAGGAUAUAUUAAGUCCCAGAUUCAGUGGUUAUGCUGGCUUUGAGAUAAAAUAUUCAGAUCCAAUGGAGAACAUCUCGGUCACUCUCAGUGCACGGUCUGGAUCAGUAUUUCUAUCACCAACAUUGAUUCAAUUUUGGCAGCCAAUGUGGAGUGAACUUUCUGUAAGCAAAGUGGAGGACCAAGGAAAGAAUUUGACCAUAGAAGGCCGUCUAGAAGUAAUUAAUUAUGCCCUUAGAUCAAUUCAAUAUCUCGGAAAUGAAAAUUUUUCCGGUGAGGACACCCUUAAAGUUUCCGCCAGGAACAAGAAUGGGAAAAACGAUUUGGACAUUCCAGUUUUAGUUGAACCAAUAAAUGAUCCUCCAUAUGUUCAAAUUCCUGAGUUCAUCAUCUUGAAGAGCAGUGGAGAUGAGUCACUGAUCUUUAACAGCAAAGAAGACAAGUUUGAAUUCUUUGUUGGAGAUCCAGACGUUCUUAACUUCCCUGGGGGUGAGUCUCACUUUCUAGUCACAUUCUCAGUGGAAGUUAAUGAUGGAUUUUUGCUGGCAACUCUACCUGCUUUCCUCAUAAAUUCAACUGAAAUAAAGCUGAAGAACACUUUUCAGUGGCAACCCCUUCAAACAUAUGUCUCUAUCUCAAAACAUUUUGUGGUCAAAGCCAAUGGGAUAAGAUUUCGAGGAACACUUAAAGACUGCAACAGUGUGAUGCAAGAACUUGUAUAUCAUGGUGGAGAACAUGGUGCUGUUUUAACAGUUAAAAUAAAUGAUAUGGGACACUAUGGGUGUUAUUUGGAUUGUACUGAAAAGAUAUCAAUGCCUUUGCGUGCCAAGGCUACUGUAAACCUAAUCAGAAGAAGGCCAGUGAGUCCACUGCUAGCCCAUGCACUUGGAUCAGUUAUUGUUAUUGAAUUCCUAGUGUUAUUUUUGCUUGGAUUGCUACUUCUGUUCUUUACAUGCAAAUGCGCAAUUCUUCUUGUGAACGAGAAAAGGCGAUCCAAUAUCAGAAACUCUGAUCAAUCUGGCAUGCAAAGCUCCCAGAAACAACCUUCAGGGUCAAAUCAAAAUAAGGAUGCAACUCACUUCACCAGUUGUUUUAAAAGCCCCUUUUUCCAUCAUAGCAGCAAACCUUCCACUUUUCGCCAGCGAUUCUCUAGUAAUUCCUUUCAUAAUUAGCAGAUCCAGCAGGUCCUCAGCUAGAGGAUCAGGUAGGGAGCCACUUCGCAUCUCUCAAUCCUCUGGUCAUGAUUUCUGCCAGCCAACUGCUGUUUCCAGUUUCAUGCCACUUGAAGCAAUUGAAAGGGAGCAAAGUUUAACAGUCUAAUCUUGUGUGUGUGGUAUUCAGCUAUCAGAUUCAUGUUCUACUGAACUUUCAUUAUAAAUUAAUGUAAUAUUUGUUUGUCUAAAUCAUGCUAUGAAGUAUAAAAGUAAAAUGUAAAG